AUGAACUCUAAAGUGAACUCGCUGGAGGAGAAAGUGAAACUGCCACCAACGGAGACAAUAAGCCGUUGCUAUCAGCCGCAGCAGAGCAACCGUAAGGUCAUCCGCAUCCUAACCGUGGCCGUCUAUGUGCUAUGCGUCUCUCUGGCUGCCAUAAUGCUCUCGCUCUAUUACAUAUUCAUAUGGGAUCCGACCAUUCGACCCUUUGUUACCAAGGCCAGUCAGUGUGACAAAAUUGUGAUACCCGAGAAAAUUGCCAUACGCCUAUUAAACUCAUCGGAAGUCACCGCAGAGCAGUUCUACAAGCACAUCUUCGAGCAAUAUCGCAAACUCAAUCAUCUGGAGCAGCAGCGAAAGGAGUUUUUACACCGGCAACAACUGCAGCUGCAACAGCUGGAGGCGAGCAAUCGCUUCCAAGAGGUAUUUGCCACGGCCACCAUUAUACAGGCGCAUCCGCAGCCCCAAUCGAGAAAGCCCUAUACGCCAUUGCCCGGCUACAACUACAACAAUUACAACAACAACAACAACCAGUACAACGGGAGUGAGGCUAAUCUGGAUUUGGCAGCAGCAGCAGCAGCAUCGCCGCAUCAUAUGCCCAUAGUGCUGGAUACAUCGCCGCCAGCAGAUCUGAGCGGCAUGCAACAUCUGAAGCGCAAGACACAUCGUGGACACUAUAAACAUCAUCGGCCACGCAAUGGCUCCGGGCAACGAAAGCUGAACCCAGGCGCAGGAGCAACUGCCGCCGCCAUGACCACAGACAGCGCUGCCUUUGCCUUGGGCGAGCAUCCCACAGCUUCAGCCGCUGUGCCCGGACCACAUGGCUACAUGGAUGCACCACUGAACCCAGCAGCCGGCACCAUUGUGGAGCAGCCGUUGCAGCUUUAUACGUCCAUGCCCAUACCGCUGAUACUCAGUCCCAGCAACAGUGAGAAGCGUCCAGCGCAUCAUAGCCACAGCCACGCGCAUGGCGAGCGACGUGGCAGCGGCGGCGCCACUGGUGGUGGUGGUGGCGGUGCACUUACACGUCGACGCACCACCACAGCCAGCGUCUCGGGCUACGAUGCGCAAACAUAUCUCAAUCCGUUCCUCACCGGCGAGCUCAUUUUCGAAAAGUAAAUGCUUCAGCUUUAAAUGAAAUGACAAUUUUUUUUUAUACGCAGCCAACUUAGUUAAUGAGAAAUGAAACUAAAUUUAAGCAGGCCAAAGACUCGAACUGGGAGUAGGAGUGGAAGUGGGUCGAAAGCGGGGGCGGGGAGCUGCGACUCUGUCAUAUCAUACAGCAGACAUACUAGCCACAAAUACAAAUACAAAAUACAAAUACUAUAUGUUACUAAAAGCGAAAUCUACUAGCAAAAAAUACCAAAGAAUUUUAGCAUCAGAGAAUUUGAAAUGCUCGGCUCUGAUAUAUAGAGAGACAUACAUAUAGCAAUUGAUGCGCUAUCACUACUACUACUUUCAUAUGCUAUUAUUAUAUCAAGUCAUAAUCCAACUAAGUAUCUAUCAAAACUAUCAGACAUAUACUACUAACUAACUGUAAUCCUACUACGAAACUAUUGGCAAGGCAUGCACACAGAAUACGCAAUAAUAGUUGAGCUAACGAUAGUUACAAAUAGUACGUUAUGUACCUAUAUGGGACCCACUCCACAAAUACAUAUAUACAUUAUAUACAUAUAUAGAGCGUCACUCUCACAGCGGCAAGCAACAACACCCCACCUAGGACACUGCUUCAAAGGCAGCUAGCGAAUGCGACACCAAAUACAAUAAUUGAAUAGCCACACUGGAAUAAUCUAGUAUUAGUAAACAUACCUACAUAAAUUUAGUAUAUACCACACACUCACACACACACAUACUCACGGCAAUGGCAUGAAAGAGCGGGUUCAGCUUAAUAAACAGCAUGUUUCAUAUACUAGUUGAGUCAUAGACUAUAUGCAUAUAUAUAUAUAUCAGUUAUAUGGUAUUUGUAUAUAAAAAAGUGCACAGCACUUAAUAACUAACAAACAUAUGGUAUGCAAUAAAUUUGUGAACGAAAGUUUACUUUAAGCUUAUGUUGAAUUUGAAUUAAGUAUUAAGUUAUUUUUUGAAUUGUGCAAUUGUCUAAUUAAAAUUUGGUUUAUUGUUGUUUCAAUUGUAUUAUCACAUGCUAAACACAUUUUUGUAGCAUACUUUUCAGCGCACACAUUGCACGCGCGCCCAAAAGUCUGCUGCAUUCUAAAUUCAAAACGCUUGCGAAUUGACAGCGAAAAUGAAAACACGUUCCUUGAACCAUUUAACUGCAGCUUGAACUUGUCAUUUGAUUAUUUAAAUUUUUAUUUCAACAAGUUUUCUGCACUAACUGGUU